AUGUCAUCCACGCUGAAGACCAGCCAAAGUGGCGGCAUGUACGUCAAGACGUCGGAGAUUUCGGGCAAGGAGGCGGCCAGUUGCUACGGCGGCUUCAUGUCGCCCCCUUUGAGUGCCAAUAUUACGGUUGGCACCAGGGAUCGGGACAUUUUCCGGGUGCCAGCCAAGGUGGUGGAGACGGUGGGCGGAAACUUCACCUCCAGUGAGCUACAGUUUCCGGACUUCUCGCACCUCUGCUUUGCCGCCGAGACCCCGAACUCGGUGUUCAGCGAUUGCCACAACUAUGCUGGCCAGGAUCAGCAGCAGGACUCGGAUCAGGAUGAUAUAGUAUGCGCGGCGGCGGGAAACACGGGUAUGCCCUAUCAACAGGGACAGUACACACAGCUGAAUCGCGAGGAUAUCUUUCGCUUUGAGCCGGAGGAUAUAGCGCGGCUAACUGGGGAAUCGGAGCUGCCGGGUCUGCUCCAGCCGCCGCAGACUCCCUACACCCCAUACACCCCCUAUACACCCUACACACCCUGCAGUGCCCAGAACAGCCAGUAUCCCGUGCAGCCGGCGAAUGACUCCAUUAAUCUGGAUAUCGAUUACUUUAAUUAUGACGAGAUUAAUUGCCAAUCGAAAAACCAAUCACCAUGCUCAUCACCGCACUUGGAUGCCUGGCUGAACUUCAAUCUCGGCGAGAUUCAGGCGGCAGGUGGCGCCCCAUCGAGUGGCGCCUCGCCAAAGUUGUGCAAUGUGUUCGAGGAGGACGAGCAGCGGGUCAAAGAGGAGGCCUCGCCCACCAAACUCCCGUCGAUGAACUCCACCUUCGGCACCCCCAAAUGCAUUCCCAUGUGCGCCAGCAACUACGAGGACUACGCGAAUCUUUACCAGGGAUCGGCGUAUGCCUCCGAGAACUACCAGAAUAACAUGGCCCAAGCCAUCGAGAAGCCCAAUCGGGAGCACAAGGCCAUCUGGACCAUUGAUGAGCUGGAUGAGCUUAUGCUCGGAGACCAGCAGCAGUUCUAUCAGCAUCAAAUGCAGCAGCAGCAGCAGGAUCUGCAGCAACAGGAACCGGAAAUGCAGUCCCAGAGCUGCAAUUACUUGGCAGAUGAGUUCAUUAAGGCCGAGGAGAUCCAGAAUGUGGACAGCGAGGAUGAUGAGAACUACAACGAGGAGGAGGAGGACCUGGACAACGAGGUGUUUGCCCCGCCGGCGGAGAGUGAUCCCAAGCCGGAUUCCACCUGCUGCGAUCAUGAGACAGAGGGGGCGGAGACGGAAGUCAUUCCCCUCAUCUGCCGCUGGACGGGAUGCGACGAGGAGUUCCCCCACCAACAGGCCUUCGUGGAGCACAUCGAGAAGUGCCACGUGGACGUGCGGAAGGGAGAGGACUUCUCCUGCUUCUGGCUGGACUGCCCCAGGCGCUACAAGCCCUUCAAUGCCCGCUACAAGCUGCUCAUCCACAUGCGGGUCCACAGCGGCGAGAAGCCCAACAAAUGCCCGUUUCCCGGCUGCAAUAAAGCAUUCUCGCGUUUGGAAAAUUUGAAAAUUCAUCAACGCUCGCACACGGGCGAGCGGCCUUAUGGCUGCCAGUAUAAAGGUUGCCUCAAAGCGUUCAGCAAUAGCUCGGAUCGGGCGAAACAUCAAAGGACCCACUACGAUACGAAACCGUAUGCCUGCCAGCUGCCGGGAUGCACGAAGCGCUACACGGAUCCCUCCAGCCUCCGCAAACAUGUCAAGAACCACGCGCUGCGCAACGCCAACGGACAGCUGCGCCGCAAAUCUGCCGGCGGCGCCUCCAUUCCGCCCGCCGGACCCAGGAAGGCGGCCAAGACCCGCCGUCACUCCGAGGGGGGCGUGGCAGGGGGAUCGGCUCCGGGGGAUCAGCGACAACACCGCAGCAAUAGUUGCAGCGAGGCGUUGCUGCAGCCUGAAAACGACAGGACGACAGGGGCAGGGGCAGGGACAUCCAACCGCAACAAUUGCGGCACCACCGGUGUUGCAGCUAAUAACAAUUCAAUGAACUUUAAUGAGUUGUCAAAUUGCAUUGUCAUCAUUGAGCACAAUCAGAGUGGAGAUGGUCCUGCUACUGCAGCACAAGUUGCAGCAACCGCAACGGCAACUGCAACAUAUGGCGGCAACAUGGCGCCCGCACCGGAAACGGAUGUGCUUAGCGGGAGCAGCAACAACAACAACAACAACAACAACGGCCAUUACAAUGGGAAUAUUAAUCAAUUAAGCGAACUGGAGCAAUUGCUGACGACGACGAAACCUUCGGGCCCGUCAUCUGGUAAUGGAAUUAGCCUGGCCAACAAUAACCAUAAUAACCAGGCCAAUGGCGACAGCAAGUGCCACUUGAGCGAGUUUGUGUCCUUCGAGUACGUGACAAAAUAUCUGGCGGAUGUCUACGAGCCGCCUGCGAAAAGCCCACAGCCACCGGCUAAUUUCCACUUGCAGCCAGAGUUCGAUAGUAACUUCGACAUGCUGGACUUUCCCCAAUUCAUUUAACCUAAGUGUAAACUUUACUUUAGACAUAAUUAGAGAAAAGUCAGCGAUUCAAUGCCCAAAGAUCUCAGUGCCUGAGCCCUUAUAAGAAUGCCUACCAUUAGUAAGACACCACCACUGUAAAUACUGUAUUUAAGUAGUAGACUAGAACACGCCAAAAGAAACGUUCCUGAAUUUCAUCGUAAUCCAGUGAUUAGCCGCGUCUUCCCAAACCCUUCCCAAUCGU